AGUUCCUAGCAAGCAGAGAUCUGCAUUCACUGACUUUAUGACAGGAUACAUCCUCCCUUACAAGACUACGCACUACAACACAGCAUAGUCAUUUGACUGUUGCAAGGCUGACAAACUGUUGAAAGGUUCCAACUUAAGAAAUCCUUUUUGUUUAAAGGCAAAGUCUGUGCAAAGACUUCUAACAUGAUAGAACUCUGCCUUGUGGCUGCAGCCUUCAUAUUUUCUCUCUUCUGCGAAACAUGUGGUUUAGCGUUACCUAAUUCCACAGACUUAUCAUCAUCAGCCAGCAAUUUCACCACCAUAUACCCAGAUCUCAGUGCUCAGUUGGACUCUGCAAAUAUCCCCAAGGCCAGAAGGAAGCGCUACAUAUCCCAAAAUGACAUGAUCGCUAUUCUUGAAUACCAUAAUCAAGUCAGAAGCAAAGUCUUUCCACCUGCUGCGAAUAUGGAGUACAUGGUCUGGGAUGACAACUUGGCCAAGUCAGCAGAAGCCUGGGCAGCCACCUGUAUUUGGGACCAUGGACCAACUUAUUUAAUGAGAUUCCUUGGUCAAAACCUGUCCGUGAGAACAGGAAGGUACCAGUCUAUAUUACAACUGGUGAAACCGUGGUACGAUGAAGUGAAGGACUAUGCAUUUCCAUACCCUCAAGACUGCAAUCCCAGAUGUCCUAUGAGAUGCUUUGGACCAAUGUGUACACAUUAUACACAGAUGGUUUGGGCAACAACCAAGAGAGUAGGAUGUGCAAUCCACACUUGCCACAACAUGAAUGUUUGGGGAGCGGUGUGGAGAAGAGCUGUCUACUUAGUCUGCAACUAUUCUCCAAAGGGAAACUGGAUUGGAGAAGCACCAUAUAAAGUUGGGGUCCCAUGUUCUGCAUGUCCACCAAGUUAUGGUGGCUCUUGUACAGAUAAUCAGUGUUUUCCCGGAGUAACAUCAAACUACUUAUACUGGUUUAAGUGAGCUGAUCCAAGAAAUUCUAGUUUAAGAAUCCAGAAUUUUCAUAAAUUUUUAUAAAAUACAUGAGCAAUUUAGUGUUAUAAAUAAGUGUAGAACAUAUUGUCAGUGAACAACAGUUUAAUCAGUUAUAAUCUCUGGGUAGUGACAGCAAUACUUCAGUUUUGAGAAUAAGAAACACCUGUAUAGCUCAUGUUUUAUAAGAAUAGACUGUAGGUAUAUUUGAAAACACUUAAGAGUUUUGUGAGUUACCUACACAAUACAGGUGGAAUUGACAUGCUUUAAACCAUUGUUUAUCAUGUCCACUUGUGUGAUAGACAGGAAAAAUUUAACUCUGAACUACAGUACUCAUUCAUAAAUAGUUCAAGGUGCAUGCUGUCAAAAAGGACCCAUCUGGUAUUAAAAUCGUAUUUCGUAUUUAAACGAAGAGCAUCACAACAUUCACGUUUAGUCAUACAUUUGAGCUUUAUCAAGCCCAUUUUAACAGUGACUGUAACACAGUUAAUGCAUAAGCCCAUCAAUUAAUUUAGCUGCUCACUUUGUCAUUAUACAAUGAUGUAAUAUGCUACUUAUGAAAACAAUGCACAGGCAGUAAGAGCUAUACUAUAAUGAAGUUCUCUGAAAACAAAAAAUCACCUAUGUUUCUUUUAACACAACUGAAAGGUUGUAUAAUGAAUGAAAAAACGUGUUGUGGACAUUUGUAGUAAAAUGGAACCAAAUAGUCAUUGCCAUCCUGCCUCCCUUGACCAAAGCAUACAGUAAUAGCUGUAGCACGGUUUACAGGAUGUCACUUCCAGUAACCUAGCAACUAACGCUAAACACCAAUUCAGCACCCAUCAUACCAGAAAGAUCAAAUGUACUAUACAUAAAGGGAGAGAAAUCAUGGCCCUCCUCCUGUGGCAUCUACCUGUGGAGUUUGUGUUUAAAUAGUAGUACAGUAUGUGCAAUAUCAAGAGAGGUUGAUCAAAGUCUCUCGAUAACGCACCCUUUUGGGUUUAAGCCUUUCCCAUCAGUGCUUUGAUACCCUCUUAAAUGAAUCCUUAGUCCUAAAGACCUCUCCAUCUACACAUUUGCACUUUACUAAGGUGAUAUCCAUAAAAUAUGUCAACGUAAUAACUGAAUUUGCAGUUUCGCACCCCUUCCACAUUGAAUUUAGUGUUAGGACUUCAACUGUUAUUCAUUUUUUGCCAUGAAAUAGCCACACAUGCGACUCUAUAUGGUGAUCCGGUUGUUCAGCCCAAUCACCAAACAUCCUAUUUAUGCCAAAUUUGUCCACACACUUGGAAGGUCCAAAUGGUGAGAACCAUUUAUCAAAUGGAUGCUCCAAGUAGGAUGGUGCUAUCAAAUUUAAGAGAAGUAAUUUCAGAUGCCUUUAACCCAAUCUUUUCCAACCUCAGUCCUCAAGGCACACUAAGAGUCCAAGUUUUAAGGAUAUCCAUGCUUGAGCAAAGAUGGUUCAAUCAAAAUAACCUACAGUAGGUUUUAAUUUAGUCACUUGUGUUAAAGUAUGGCUGUCCUUAAAACCUGGACAGUUAAAUUGCCUUGAAGAUUGAGGUUGGGAUAGACUGCUUUAACACUUUCAUUAAUUACCCCAAAAAAAUUCAUUAAUCACCAAAAUUCACAAUGGUAUAAUUGCCACUCAGGGGCAGGUUGGGCAGGGGGUCACCCUGCCCCCCGGGCCAGUGCAAUUUAAGGGUUCCAGGGCCACUGUUGCAUUGCAUUCCCUGUGAAAAGCUAGGCCACAUGCUUGAGUCUAUCCUCCAGGCUGAAAGUUGCCAGCCAGCCCUUGUUCCCACUAAUGCCACAGACAGAAAUCCACUCAUGUCUUUUUUGUUCCGAGAUAGAUUAGCUGCAGGAAAGUGUGCAUUCACUUCCUGUAAAUCUAUUGAAAAAUUCAAAUUUUAAUGUGGUUUCAUCAUUUGAAGGUGCUAGUCAUAUAACAAUGACAAUUGAUAUUAGAGGAACUUGGGUACUUAAUAAAAUUAUUUAAUAAUGUAUUUUAAACAUACAGGUAAAAUUACAGUAUGCCUAUUUGUUUACACUAUUUAAGUUUUUUGGUUUUUUUAUAUACAGUGCCUCUUUUAUUUAAAAUUGCUCAUAUACGGUGCAAACAGUUAAAUUGGGUGCUCAAUAUUUCUUUUGGUGCUAGUUGCAUUUCCAUGUGUAAUUAGAAGUGUCUGUUACCAGAAAAAAGGAAUUUUGCUUAUUUUGUAUACAGGGUGAGAGCAGAUUAUAUUAAGGGGAAUUGUCCCAGUGUGGACAAACCUUUCAAGGCAAUAGCUAGAAACAAUGUCCUCAAUAUUCUUCAGUUAAAUAA